UUUCGAUGAACUCUUUUGCCAAAAGAAAAUUGGAAAAUACCAAUUUCAGAAAAUUCAGUUUUAAAAUGUCUGGAUUUUCUCUUGGAGAUCUAAUCUCUGGGAAGCAAAAAGGGGAACUGAGCAGUUUAUUUUCUACAAAAUCAGACAAAUUAGCUCCGGCAUAUGAUUAUACAAAGGUUCCAGCCAGAACAGAAGUUACAGGCGAGAGAAGAAAAGUUGACGAAGAUGACGAAGAAGGAGAAAGACAGAGACUGCGAAAGCUGAAGAAGAUGGAGAAAAAGAAACGAAAAGCAUUAGAAAACGAAGCUGCGAAAGAAAGUGCGCUCACCGACCGAUCCAAGAAACGUAAACUGAACGCUGAAGCUUCAAAUGUCGACAUGGUGACUGAGUCGGGCACAAACCCACGACAUAUUGAGGCUAUUCGACGCGAAGAUGAACAUUUUAAACUCUUGGAUCCGGAGAAGGAGAAGAGAACGAUAUUCGUGGGAAACCUUCCUUCGAGUCUUAAAGAGAAAGAAAUCAAAAGAAUGUUCCAGGAGUUUGGUAAAGUUGAAAGUGUUCGUUUCAGAAGUGCUGCAAGGCCUGAUCUAAAAACAACUAAAAAGGUAGCAGUUAUCAAACAGACCUUCCACGAUGAAAGGAAAAAUAUCAAUGCAUAUGUCAGAUUUGCCUCAGAAGAAGAUGCAGUAAAAAGUUGCAGUUUAAAUUCUACAAAAAUACAUGGUCAUUCAAUCAGAGUUGAUAUGUCCUUGAACAAUAAGGUUCAUGAACAGAAUAAAGCAAUAUUUGUUGGAAAUCUCGACUUCAAAACUCAUGAAGAUGAUUUAAGGGCUGCAUUUGUUCGAUGUGGAGAAAUUACGGAUGUACGAUUAGUACGGGAUAGUGCUACAGGAAUAGGAAAAGGAUUUGGAUAUGUUAAUUUUGCUUCCAAAGACAGUGUAGAGACAGCCCUCAGACUGGAUGGAAACAUGGUGUGUGGCAGAAAAAUCCGCGUAAACCGAUCUGUUCGAAAACCGAAGACGAGUAUGUUAACGCCGAGUGUGAACACCCGGCCGAGUAAGGUGGACGAGUCUAAGGUAACCUUCAGCAAGAAGUUUGCGGACAAGAAGAACAAGCUGAUGACCAAGAGUAGGCCGGAGGGGGAGAAGAGAGAAAAGAAAGAGAAGAAAGAGAAGGGGAAAGCGUUCCAAGGUGUUACAACAGGAACUACAGUCAAGAAGGAGAAACUAAGCAAACUAGACCUAAAGAAGAAAUUCAUAGCCAAGGCUCUGGCGAGUUAAAUUUUAUAUUUUUUUCAGAA